GCUGGGAUGUCUGCAGACAGUAAGCUGAUGAAGCGCUCCUUCUCCACCAUCGGGGAUCAGUGUGUGAACGGCCUCUGGCAGGAGCAGCACUCUCUGGAGAGAAUCAGUCCGGACGGCGAGUACCGACCACGACAGAAGAGCUACAGAGGUCCUAAAAACAACCCCAUAGAAACCAGCAGUCACGAGCGAGGGCGAUCUAAGGAGCGGCGCCACCUGCUGUCUCCAGACGUUUCCCGAUGUAACUCUGAGGAGCGAAGCAGAGACACUUCCUGUGAGAGGAGACGCUCCAGAUCCCCAAGCGAAGGACGGACUCACACCUUACAGAGACAGGUGAACUCGUCUGUAAGCCCCGCCCACUCUGACUCCGGGACGCCUCGAAAUCGUCGCCAGCUUCCUCAGACUCCCUCUCGCCCUCGACCCUACAUCUCCUACUCUCCUCUGGUCUGCCAAUCCUCCACCGUCACAGUUUUAGCAGAAUCUUCCUCCGCCCCCGAGGAUGGAUCUGGAGCCUCCAAAUUGAAACCGGAGAAAGAAACCAGCCCCCUUCCUCCAGUUCAGGGGUCAUCUGGAGGUCAGGGGUCGUCUGAAGGUCAGGGGUCAUUUGGAGGUCAAAGCCACCCCUCGCCUCAACGCUACAUCUCAGAGCCCUUCUUGCCGUUUCACGAUGACGUCAUGGAGGGAGCUGACGGGGAGGAAACUCUCACUUUUGAGACGGCCGUGGCCACCAGUUUGGGACGAGCUAACGCCAUAAGCUCCGCCCCUCAGCUCAGACACUCCUGGCAGGUUCCCAACGGACACAUCCGCACAAAGACUUUGGGCCAGGCGAGUCCUUCAGGAGCCAAUGAGCUGCUGAGCGACACGGACGAGGACGACCGCUGCUAAAAAAACAGAAGAGGAGGCGACUCGGAAAAAAUCUCCACGAGGCACAAGGACUUCUGAGAUCUGUGUCGUGUCUCAAAUUGCGUACUUCUGUAUUUACUUCUGCUGUUCUGAUUGCUUGAGUGCGUUCCAAUGACGACCGCUGCUAAAAAACUCCACGACGCACAAGAGGAAUGAGGAACGAGGAAGCGACUCCAUGAGGCACCAGGACCUCUGAGAUCUGUCUCAAACUGCGUACUUCCUGCUGUUUUGAUUGCAUUUGAAGUGCGUUUAAAUGCUAAGUUUUGGCAAAAGGACUGCCUGGAUGGUGCUUUCAGAACGGUCCAAAAGUUAAGUGUUGAACGCUGGACACUUCUCACACUCAAUGGCCGCUGUGUUUUCUGCAGAAAACAUACAACACUAUAAAUAUACAAGUUAUUCAUGUGGGGGUUUUGUUUAGUAUUUAAGAAACACACCAUUAAGCUCAUAGUGUUAAUUCAGCCCUCUGCAUCUGAUUGAGUACCGCUAACAAUGCUAGCUGAUAGCAACUGUUGUCGCUUCCUGUUAGGACACAGUGGCAGUUUCUCAAUGUCGAGAACACAUGCUGCAGAGCCACUAUUUCAAGUAUACUCCGUCAUCGAGUGGCGCCGAAUGCUGGGCAUUUAAACAGUUCUUCGGCCGCCACUCGAUGACGUAGUAUACUGAAAUAGCGGCUCUGCAGCAGGUUUACUCGACAUUGAGAAACGGCCAGUGUGUGUGAUUUGAAAGUCAAAAUUCACACACUGCAUACGUGUGCAAAGUGCACGAGAUGCAGUGAACUACACCGUAAAAAUGUGACCAUUGCUUACUUAAAAGAAAUCUGGCAACAAAGUGACACCCAAUAUAAUUAAUUAGUUCAACAAUUUGAUUAAACAAGUAUUGAAUACAUUGUUUAAAGUUAGUCAAUGUUUAUCAAAGAAAGUUAAAUUAUGUUGGAUUUAGUGAUUUAAUUCUGUAUUUAUUUACCAAGAACCUGAGUAAACGUAAGUUAGAUUACUAAAUAUGUGGUGAAAUUGGAUUAAAUAUUUAUCUAUAGGAGAUAUUUAGUGAAUACCUGUAUGAAAUUAACUUGCAUUAACUUAUACUUUAAGAUUUCAAUUUACUGAAUUUCUAGGUAAAAAUGGUUUGAAUUCCCCCCCAAGUUAUAUUUACCACAUAUAAGUUUAAUGGCGCAUUUCCCCUGCAGGGCUCGCUCGGCUUAGUACGGUAUAGUUAGGCCUCGUUAGGCCAGGCUCACUUUAUGCUGCGUUUCCAUUACAGUUUAGUAGCUGGGGCGGUAACUAUAGUAACGCAGUGUAGGAGGAGCCGUGACGCCAUCUUCAAUGCAAACCACAGAAAACCAACAUCAGCCGUUAGCUGUUAGCACUCAGAGCUCACAGCUCCUCAUAUCUGUUCAGAAACUAGACAGAAGUUAAACAAGUACAAACCACAGACUGCCUGUGUCAUGGCGAAUACAG